UCGGGGCUCGAACCCGAGAGUGAUUAAGGAGAAGGAGGUGCGGACACGUGGCAGCGCGGGGGGCCUACCGGCGUCGAUCGCUGCAUGCGACGCGCGGGAAUGCUGAGUCUCGGGCGCAGGUGCUCGUCCCUUGGCCAUGACAAGGCGGCAGUCGCGGCGGCGUCGUUCAUUGGCGUCGUUGAUUGCCGCCAACCACACAAAGAACAAAUGAGGUAAUCGGUUCCACGUGGCAGCAGGAGAGGCAUCUUUUUGUUGGAAUUGGGAGGUCGGUAGGAAGGAGGAGUGGUGGGCUGGCAAGGGGGAUAGACACGUAUCUGGGGGAAAACAGUGAUGGGGAGAAGAUCGAGUCCAGGUGCAGGGUUAUGGGUUGGCUGGCUUCUGAUAGUUGGGAUCGCGGCUGUGUACGUGGAUUCUGCGCAUGGCCUCUAUGAGGAUCAAGUCGGGAUGUGGGAUUGGCAUCAGCAAUAUGCUGGGAACGUUAAGAAGGCUGUGUUCCAAACGUCUGGACAUCGGAAGCAGGUCUUCGUGGCAACAGAGAGCAGUGUCUUGGCGGCGAUGAAUCUCAGGACCGGCCAGCUUGUUUGGAAGCAUAAGUUGGCCGAUCGGGAUGUGAUCGACGAGCUCGCCAUUGCAUCACAAGGAAGAUAUCUAUAUUCAUUAUCUGGAGGAGGGACAAUGUUGAGGGCCUGGAGUCUAGUGGAGGGUUCGUUGGUGUGGGAGACUGCCCUGCGUUCACCAACACAAGCAGGGUCACUAUCUCCAUCUGCAGCAGACCCCCCUUGUCAAGGAGGCCUGGGUCUGACCAUGCUUCCAUUCGAUGUGGAUAGUGAUGGCAUUGGCGAUCUUCUUCUCCUCUCGGGUGGGACUGUAUUUGCCAUCUCCAGUACGCAUGGAGGCGUUCUUUGGCAGAGGUCAAUUUCAACUUCAACCAGGGUGUUCUGGCAGCUAAGCAUCUCCUCGUUGAAGAAGAUCUAUGCUGUUGGGUUCGCUGGAGUGACAGAUAAAGGGACUGCUUCUAGUGCUGUGGCACUGGAACUUGACUCCGGAACAGGAGUAGUUGUCGCAGAGAAUGAAGCUUCAGCUGCUGGUGAGGAGCUCCUAUUGCCACAGAUCUCGAUCAGCUCUGCUGGUGUGAUGGUGGCCUGCAUGAAUGCACAGAAGACAAAGCUUAUGUUUGGGCAGCUAGAGGAUUGUGGGCAGGGGUGUGCUCUGUCUUCGUGGGGAUUUUCUAGACUUCAACCACACAUGGGCUCCGAUGUAAACAUCAACCUCGUGGACCGACGACUUGAUCAGCACCUUCUGCUCUCGGUUUCUGAUGGCAGUGCUUAUGUCCUCAGGAUGGACAGGGAUGGAGUGCGGUUGUCACAUCACUACGGAAAAGGGGAGAUUGGUGUUGCAAGCAGUUAUCUGGAGGUGGAGGAAGGCAAAAAAGUAAUGGCAUUCCUCCAGCAGGAAUGGCGGCCACACCUGAAAGGAGUGCACUCAGGGCAGUGGAUGGUCCGGGCAAAGGUUGCUAGGGGUUGGGAUAAUGAAUCAGAGGGAGAGCAGGAAGUGGUGGGGCUCCCCAGCGAGGUAGCCUAUGUGGACAGGGUCUUUCUCAAUUCGUACCUACGCAGGGACAAGUCCCGUGGGUACCGUUUUUUGGUGGUCACGAAGGACGGUGCCUUGUGCUUGCUCCAACAAGGAGAGGUGGUAUGGAAGAGAGAAGAAGCACUUGCAGGCAUCAUGGAUGUGCAAAUGGUUGACCCACCCCCAGAGAAGGGUGGACUGCUGGUCAGCCAGGUGGAGGACGACCUGCUGAAAUGGCUCAAGGAACACCUUCUAACUGUUAAGAGCACACUACACCUUGCAACAGAGGAGGAGACUGCAGCAGUCGCUGCACAGCUGCGAGGGAAUCAAGAGAAGUCAAAGAUGGUGCGUGAUCCGAACGGCUUCCGGAAGCUGAUCGUUGUGCUGACGCAACACGGGAAGCUGUUCGCGCUUCAUACUGGAGAUGGUCGUAUUGUCUGGUCAAAUCUCCUGUCCUCUCUGCAGCCUGACAGUGAAGGAGUGGUUCGAAACAGAGAAUUCUCCGUCCAACCAUUGAAGCUCAUCUUGCAGAAAGUCCCUCACGGGCAUAUCAGGGAGGAGCCGCCGCUGGUGGAGGUAUGGGAGAAGGUGGCGCUGGCAGGGAAAACCAGUGUCCAGACCACCAUAUCGGAGGUGUAUGAUGCUCACUCUGGCAAGCUGUUGUCAGUACAGGAUCAUCGUUUUGCAGUUAAUCAGCUAGUGGCUUUGCCAUGGAAAGAUGUGUCCGAGAGCCGGUUAUUGAUGGUCAUUGACGACGAGAAGCGGGUGUAUUUGCACAUGGACUCAGCCGAAGCUCGAGCUUGGUUUGAGAGUUACAUGGACCAGGUGUUCGUCUAUGAUGUGGAGAAAACUAAGGGGUUGAUCAAAGGGUAUGGAGUUGUCAAGCCAGAAGGUGUGGCCAGUGAUUGCAUCUACCAGCUAGUGGAGCUCUGGGCAGUGUCAUUUGCGCCAGAAGUGGAAGUGAUUGAUGAAGUUGCAGUCCGGAAACCUGAUGAGGCUGUACAUUUGCAGGCAAGAGUUCUGGGUGAUCGCUCUGUUUUGUUCAAGUACCUGUACAAGAAUAUGAUGUUCGUGGCAACAGUCUCCCCGGGGAACAGUGGAGCUGCGACAGCAAGCAUGGGGCAACCCAAGCCUGAAGAUGCAAGGGUGACUGUCUACCUCAUCAACACCGUCACUGGCAACGUGCUUCAUAGUGUUGUCCACGAGGGGUCAAUGGGCCCUGUCCAUGCGGUGUUCAGUGAAAACUGGGUAGUCUAUCACUUCUUCAACCUCCGGAGACAGAGAUAUGAGGUCUCCGUGCUUGAGAUGUAUGAAGAAUCCCAGAAGACCACGUCAGCAGACCACGUCAGCAGACCACGCCAGCAGGACACGUCAGCAGUGCCACGUCAGCAGCAAGGGAUACCACAUCAACAGGCCCCCGCCCGGUCUAUGCUGUUGCGAUCUCAAACAGCAGUCAUGGACCAAAGGCCCGGGGAAGCAGACGAGGCCUAUCAGGCCCGCAUGCUGGCCUGGAGUACCGAGACAAAGAAACGGGCAGAUGACGCUGCAGCAGCAGCGAAGAAGAAGGCCAAGGAUGUCGAGCAGGCACGUCUGCUGGUACUUGAACAACAGCGCCAGCACGACGAGGCAGCAGCAAGGGCUGCCGAUGAAGAAAGAACACAGCGUCGUGAGAAAAUAUUCACCGGAGAGCGGGCAUUACUUACCAUGGCAGCAGAAUGGCGAAGCWAGGCCGAGAAUAGCCAGUUGGAGGAUAGCGCAAACAAGAUAGCGCUCCUCCUCUCGCAUCUCACGGAUCUCCUGGCAACCUGCAUUACACAGCAGGCGGAGGAGAAACGGGCUGAGCUAAAUCGCAGGCUGUUGGCCGCUAGACGACAAGAGGUGGAAGAAAAGAAAAGAUUGCAGGCAGAAGGGGAUAAAUUGCAAAAAGCUCUAGAAGCGCAAAAGGAAAACCCCUCUGCAACUGAAGCACAACUUGCACUCCUCAGGGAGGCCGUCCUCAACACGAGGCAAGACAUGGACUUAAUGCGGCAGACAUUGCAACGUGUAGAAACAUAUCGGGUUGAAUUUGAGAAUGUCUGGAAUAACUUCGUAGAAAAGUCUGCAAAGGAUGUGGACCAACAUGUGCAAACUUACAUCCAAGCUUUGGACGAACAUAUUAAUAAAGUCUUCAUCCCGGAGGUCGUAGAAAAGAUUGUAAAGGGAGCUGGAGGCGACGGAGGAGAUGGAGAUGGCGACGGCGAUGAUGACAAGAAAGGAAAGAAAAAUAUUGAGGGUUCAAAGGGUCAACCUUCUCAGGACCCUGGGCAGACUAACAAGAUUAAGCUUAAACUGCCCUGGACCUAUAAUGGAAAGAAAGAAGAGAGUGUGUUGCACUGGGCGGCGACAAUUGAAACCUAUGUGUACGGACAGCGUAUCCCAUACUGGGACAGGGUGUUGAUGGCAACUUCGUGCAUGGGAGGCGACGCCAUGAGCUUCGCUAUCUCGCUGCAAAAGGAAGCGGGAUGCAGCUCUAUGGUAGAAUAUUCGCAACAGACCCGUAUUGAGGAUUUCCUUAAAGCGGUAAGAGAGAGAUUUGAGGACAAGAACCUGGCAAGACGCACAAAAAUGUUGAUCCUCAGCCUUCCUGAUAGGAAAUGGAAGAGUACUUCUGCACUAAAGGCCACUAUGGAUGAAUUAUUGCAAUGCCCUGAUCACGGGUUGACGCCGACCCAAAUCUUAAACAGUUUUGCAAGAGCACUCCCGGAUCCCCUGAGAACGCAACUUUAUCCCCGCACUAAAGAAGAGGGGAUGACAUAUGAGAAGUUCGACAAGAUCGCCAUAGAUCAUGCCGGCUUCCUCGCUGAAGCGAAUUAUUGCUAUUACUGGAAAGAUCUGCAAGCGGGAAAGAGAUGGCAAAACCGCACCAUCUCAGGAUGCUCGCUACUCUCAAAUCGCUGGUCCGAUCAAGGCCGGCGAGAAGAAGUGGUACCGGAUCGACCCAUCCGCCACGAGAUCAUCUUCGAGGACGGGGCCGUACCUCCUCGCGGUUGCAUCUACCGAAUGAGCGAGGAAGAGUUAAGUGUGCUUCGGGCACAACUCGACGACCUUCUAGAGAAAGGCUGGAUUCGACCUAGCUCAUCGCCAUACGGUGCUCCUGUUCUCUUCGUCCGGAAGAAGAACAAGGACCUGCGGUUGUGCAUCGAUUAUCGCAAGCUCAACGCGCAGAUGAUCAGGAACGUCGGUCCUCUCCCACGCAUCGACGACCUUCUCGAGCGAUUGGCCGGCGCCCAGUUCUUCUCUAAGCUAGAUCUCAAGUCAGGGUACCACCAACUCGAGAUUCGCAAGGAGGAUCGCUACAAGACCGCGUUCAAGACACGGUAUGGGCAUUUCGAAUGGCUGGUCAUGCCAUUUGGCCUUACGAAUGCCCCAACCACUUUCCAAGCGACUAUGACGACGGAGUUCCGACACAUGCUGGAUCGUUUCGUACUCAUCUACCUCGACGACAUGCUGGUUUACAGCCGGAGUCUGGACGAGCAUGUGGAACACCUACGCACGGUUUUGGAGCGGCUACGACAGGCCAAGUACAAAGCAAACCGUGACAAGUGCGAGUUCGCACAGCAGGAGCUGGAGUACUUGGGACACUAUGUGACGCCGCAAGGCAUCCGUCCGCUUGCGGACAAGAUCGAGGCCCUACGAAUAUGGCACGAGCCCACCAAUACCACGGACGUUCGUUUAUUCAUGGGGUUGGCUGGCUACUAUCAGCGAUUCAUUACCGGAUACUCCAGGAUUGCUGCACCUAUGACGAGGUUACAGUCGCCAAAGGUGCCAUUCGUAUUCGAUGACGACGCACGCCGGUCAUUCCAAGCACUUAAGAUGGCCAUGCUCAUGGCACCCGUCCUCAGCAUCUAUGACCCCACCUUGCCGACGAGAGUGACUACAGACGCUUCCGGCUAUGGCAUUGGGGCAGUCUUGGAACUGCACGCCGGCGACGAUUGGCACCCGGUGGAGUAUUUCAGCCACAAAGUACCUCCCAUCAACUCGCUUGAUGAUGCAAGGAAGAAGGAGCUUCUCGCGUUCGUCAUGGCUCUCAAGCGAUGGCGGCACUUCCUCCUUGGGCGUCGUAGGGAAUUGCUGACUCAAGCCCGCACAAAUAUGCAAAAGGUUCAAGUCCACAUGCAGCAGCAAGCCAACAGGCGUCGCGUACCAUGUCCCAUCCGCGUCGGUGAUCUGGUUUGGGUCUCCGCGGAAGAGUUUGCCCUGGAACAGGAUGUUUCACGCAAACUGGUUCCCAAGUGGUUUGGACCUUGGUCUGUGACAGCAGCCGCGGGCGAUGAGCCCGAUGGCCCUUCAUUUGUGAUCAACAUUCCAAAGCAUGUGACGGUCCAUCCGGUCUUCCACGCCUUGAAGCUGGCAACUUACACGCCAGCCAAGAGCGAYGACUUUCCGGACCGACGAUCGCAGGACCCUCCUUCUAUGGAUGGCCAUCAGGAAGUUGACCGCGUUAUCUCCGAUCGCAAGUACGGCAGCAAGCCGCGACAGUAUAAAGUCACAUUCAAAGCAUGUGAUCGCGACGACACUCGGUGGAUAUCAGGCGCAGAUUUGAAAGCAUCCGCACCGCUGAUCUACGCGCAUUAUGAAAAGCGCAGGUUAGCUCAGGAAGCUUCACGACCAGCCCCUCCCACCCGGACUGUGGUCCCUCCCUCAGACAGACAGCUUCGCUCUCGCAGGCGCACGAAAUUGGGACGGCGCAAAGUGGCAAGUGGCGGAAUAGCGGCAUGCGGCAGUAAACUGGUGCGCGGUGCAGUGGCGGGUGCACAGCAAGCAACGGGCAGCGACGUGGGAAACCGGCGCAUGGCAAGUAGCGGGAGGCUGGUGCGCGGUAGGCAGCGGGAGACGUGGCGCGAUCUUGCACGCGACAGCGCGCGAUCUGGGAGGGAAACUCCCCCGUUUCUCCUCACGGUGGCUCGGCACCGCUAAUGAUGACGUGGCGCCUCCCUUGUACGAGUGCUGACGUGGCGCCCUCAUUCUUUGCGCCGAUGUG